UUUUCUCUGCAUUCGUUCUUCCAGUUCAGGAGAUGACCGUCGCUUAAUGAAGGCUGAACUGCUGAUCUCACUCAGAAUGUCUCUGACUGUUUCUCUGCUGUUUCUGCUCUUCAUCUCUGGAGUUGUUGCUCAGGAUGGGUGGGCUGUGAAUUACAAUCAGAAAUCUUUCUGUGCUCUAAAGGGGUCUGCAGUGACCAUGGAGUGUACUUACACAUAUCCAAGUGGUCACUCAGUCCAAAAAGCUUUCUGGACUAAAGAGCUGGUUACAUCUGGUUCAGAACCUCCUGAUCUGUCAGAUGAUCCUGAGUACAGAGGCAGAGUUCUGUACCUCGGAGAUGAACACAGUGACUGCACUCUCAGAUUUAAGACUGUGAGAGAAAAGGAUCAAAAUAAAUACUACUUCACAUUUAUAACAGACCAACCUGGAGGAAAGUAUCAAGGUGCAGGUGGAGUUGAUCUUUCAGUCACAGAUCUCCAGGUGGAGGUUCCUGAGAGAGUGAUAGAGGGAGAUAACAUCACUCUCACAUGUAAAACCACCUGCAGACUGACAGUCACACCAACAUUCACCUGGUACAGAAAUGGACAUGGUUUAUCCUCCAGUACUGACCAACUCCACCUGCAGCCGGUCAGCAGGGAGGAUGCAGGCAGGUAUCGCUGUGCUGUACUGUAUCAGAACUCUCCUGAGGUCACUCUGAAUAUCAGAUAUCUCCAGGUGGAGGUUCCUGAGAGAGUGACAGAGGGAGAUAAAGUCACUCUCACAUGUAAAACCAGCUUCAGUCUGUCUGACAGUCCAACAUUCACCUGGUACAGAAAUGGACACCGUUUAUCCUCCAGUGCUGACCAACUCCACCUGCAGCCGGUCAGCAGGGAGGAUGCAGGCAGGUAUCGCUGUGCUGUACUGGGUCAGAACUCUCCUGAGGUCACUCUGAAUGUCAGAUAUGGACCAAAGAGCGUCUCAGUGACCAUCAGUCCCUCUGGUGAAAUAGUGGAGGGCAGUUCAGUGACUCUGACCUGCAGCAGUGAUGCAAACCCACCUGUGGAAUAUAACUGGUUUAAAGGAACAUCAUUAGUAGCAAAAGGAGAGACUUACACAGUGAACAAGAUCAGCUCUGUGGACAGUGGAGAAUACAAGUGCAAAUGCAGUAAUGGAUUUAUAAAGAAAUACUCUGAAGCUCUAACUCUGAAUGUUUUGUGUGAGUCUGUUUUAUAGCGGUUCUCUUUUCUA